AUGUCUGCCGUUGCGUCGCUGGACCCGCAUGUGCGCGGCAUCAUCGACUCUGCCGCUGCCGAUGGCAUUCCCUUUCGGGCGAAAACGGCGCAUUUCCAUGCCACGUGGGCUCGUACUUUCGCCUCUCUCCCAGAGCUCUACAUCCAGCCUCAGUCUCAGCAAGAAGUUGAGAAGGCAGUCAAACUGGCCCGUAGGUGCAGGCGGCGCAUCACCACAGUUGGUCAUGCACACUCGCCUUCGGACCUGACGUGUACCAGUAAUUGGCUGGUCAACCUUGACGACUUCAAAAAGGUCUUGUCAGUCGACAAGGAGACGGGACUGGUCGUCAUGCAGGCUGGAAUUCGCCUCUGGCAACUGACGGAGGAGCUAAACAAGCAUGGCCUCUCAUUUCCCGUUCUGGGGAGUGUCAAUGAGCAAACCAUUGCUGGUGUCAUCAGCACGGGCACUCGGGGCAGCACCCUGAAAUACGGUCUGCUUUCCGAGGCCAUCGCAUCCCUCAAGAUUGUCCUGGCCAACGGUGAGACUGUGGCAUGCUCUCCCGCCGAAAACACGGAACUCUUCCGCGGAGCCCUUCUCUCUCUCGGAGCCCUGGGUAUCAUUACGGAAGUCAGCUUCCGUGCCGUGCCGGCGUUCAGUCUGAAAUGGCAACAGACAAUCCAGGCGGAGAGCAUCAUGCUCGACACCUGGAAGCAGAACAACAAGCUGUGGACUCAGUCCGACUUCGUCCGAGUGUGGUGGCUGCCUUAUACCAGACGGGCGGUAGUCUGGAGGGCCGACAUCGUUACUAAGGAUGAUCUCGAGUCUGGGAGGGAGAAGAAUCGAGAUCCGCCAGUCGGCUACUACGAUGGAGCCCUCGGUUAUCACAUAUACCACAACCUCCUUUACCUAUCACGUUACAUCCCACGCAUCCUGCCCUGGAUUGAGUGGUUCGUUUUCGGCAUGCAAUACGGCUUCAGUGAUGGGUACACCUCGUCCGCCGUCCAACCCAUGGACAAAGCUCUGUGGAUGAACUGUCUGUACAGCCAGUAUGUGAACGAGUGGGCCAUCCCGCUCCACCGUGGCCCCGAGGCCCUGAUGCGUCUCGGAUCAUGGAUCAACAGGCUGCAGCCGGGAGACCCCUCCUACGUCGAUCACGGUAUCCCCUACUCCGCCGAGGGCCUCUACAUACACUCUCCCGUCGAGGUACGUGUCUGUGACGCCACCGUCCACACCAGUGCCGAAAAGGGCAACAGACCGUUCCUCGACAGCACCAUCAAGGACGGCCCAACGCUGAACCUCAACGCCACCAUGUACCGGCCGUACGACCUCGACCCUCCCGGUCUGAAGCGUUGGUUCCAGGGCUUUGAGUGGUUGAUGCGCGACCUGGGCGGCAAGCCGCACUGGGCUAAGAACUUCAACGUCCAGAACAAGGAGUUUGCGGAGUGGUACGGAGACGAUCUGGUCCAGUGGCGAAAGGUCCGCGACGAGGUGGACCCUGACGGUCUGUUUGUUGGCCCGUGGCACCGUCAGUUUGUCUUGGAUCCCAAAACUCCCCUCCUUGAGUUCGAGGAGGUCGAGAAGACGAGGCAUGAUGCUGGCAAGGGCGUCACUGUGUACGGCACUCGUGCCUCGCUUGAUAAAGUUGAGGAUGCUGAGAUAGCAUAA